AGCUUACACCAGAAAGCAUCUUGAAUGAAUAAUGAGUCAACACAUGGCGUCCUCCCCAAAGAACCCCACAUAUGAAAGCUGCACUUCUUCUUUGAUUGUCAACCUUUUCUUUCGCAUAUCAUCCUCUACAUGUGAAAAGCUUUGUUUCAUCGUAACCCCAUAUAUGAAUAUAUACACUUUCUUGGAUUCUUGUAUCUAUCGCGCAUUUUUCCGCUUUCGUUGAAUCUAUAUUUUAUGUUUUGCUUGCAGCUGCGUAGAUAAUUUUGCAGCGGCAAACCUUCGAGAAGUUACAUCUAGGGUUGACCCAGUGCUAGCAGUAAGCUGAAACACCUUUAUUCUCUUCCCGUCGCAGUUUUCAGACGGUAGCGCACUACUUAUUCGAGGAUCUUUGUUGCAUUUACGAUGUGAUAAUCAUCAAGUUGCAUGUUAUGCCUUUGUUCGCCAUGAUGGGGAACUCGUAUGUGAUUCAGAGAUGAGGACUUAAAAGACAGGAGAAUAUUCAAUCUAAAGUAGAGAUUCUUAUGGGUUUUCUGCUUUCGGUUGGAAAAAGUCCGUUGUAGCGUUGCACUCAGUCACAUGAGUGGUGGUUCUUCAACAUGAUGUUGGACACCUACAUGUGUUCGACUCUUUUGACAACUAUUUCCUUGUCUUAGACGCCUUCGGAAAAAGACGACAACAAGAUGCGUGAGUUCGUGGAGUUUUGUCUGAGACAGGCGCGGCUGCGAGAUUUGUACGACGACGAUGACGACAUUGACGAACAAGAACCUGUUGGAGAACAAGCUUCUCUGUUAGCGAAGAGUCGGUCCUUCGGUGCCGCUGUCGGAGCUAGGUUUUACGAGCGCGGGUGUAAUCGCACGGUGUGGUUUGGGCAAAAUUUCGAAUUCAUUCUGCGCAGCUUGCUCGUCUCUGGACCGCUCUACAUCGUGGAUCACGUGCCGCACGCCAGUUCGCUAUUGUCUUUGAGCUUUCUCUACACUUUCGCACAGGCUGUUGGCUUGACGUUUUCCCUGGGAUUGACGUGGCUUUCGGUGCUUUUGCAAACUAUCGCUAGAUGUUUCAAAGAAGGCAAUGGGACGUGCCUGCUCCAGAAGCCGGAGGCAGUGAUUUCUUCGCGCGCGCAAGAAACCGCAGCGGAAAUCGAAUGUACCUUUGUUGAAUGUUACUUUCACAUUAUUUUUCCUUUUACCGUAGUCGUAUGUAGUAUAAUGUAUAAAAGAGUUUAAUUAUUGUUGUUUAAGUUGUAUGCGCUCUACUUGGUGUCAAGGAAGUGUUGCAGUGUGAAAGUUUCAUUGCCCAGUGGAAUCAGCUAGCAGGAUUUCCCAUAAAUUCUUGAGUCUAGAGUCCGAAACCAACGGACACGAGAUGCGUGAUCAUUGGCAAGAUUCCAUCUCACCUGCAACAGCGUACACGUUUGUCGACUGGAUCAGCAUAUGCCUCUCGUUUUACGUGUACUACGCGUGCACGCGAAUGCUCCUGCUCGUCGGAUACGGUUUAUACUCCAUAUCAUGGGAGUCCUUUGCCUACUUUCCGACAGUGCGGAAGACGGUGUCGCUCUCCAUGCAAGAGCUGUCGGAGAGGUACGAGGUGAAGAUCAUGUACAGGCGGUCCCGGACAGCGCGGAAACGUUCAAACCGCGGCUAUGCGAGUCCUUCGUCGCAGUACGGAAGCGGGGCCGACGAAAGCGGUGGGGACCGUAAACCCUAUGGACUCGACGAAAGCAGUGCGGUCUCAAGCCGGGUGGUUAGUCGAUCGCCACCGACGCCGCCUACAGUCAGUGCAGAGAUGAGGGCCAAUGAUAGCCGGACAACCCGAGGCGUGAGCGUGCACCACGGUGAAGACAAGGGGAAGGCGUUGAACUCUGACGAUAGAGACGAUAGUCCUCGUGAUAUGCUUAGUCCUCGAGACAAGGCUAAUGGCAGAACCGUCGUGGGGUCCCCACGAACGCCGUUCGACGCGGCAACCGGCUUCAACAAGGUCCUAAAAGUUCCGGAGUUUCGUCUUGCACAUGUCGAGGAACCGUCGCCGGGCGCUCCACUUGGUCAGCAACAAGAGAGACUCCCUAGUAAUGUCUCUCUGUUGAGUAGUCUGCGGGAAGAAGUGCUCCCAUCUCCUGGGGCGCGACAGGUUCGAGACAGCGCUUUUGGCCCUGGGUCAGCAGACGCAGAGCCCCCAUCUGCUCGUCAGAGUAAGAGCCCAGAAGAGAUGAAACUAGCGAGGCGGCGCCAAAGGGGUCGACGAGCUCUCUUGUUUCUACCGCUAAUCGGGUUGUUCGUCUUGUCCUCGUGGCUGGCCUUCACAAGUUGGGUGUACGAACUGCAGAGGCUCUCACGGCAAUGGGUAGACGACGGCUUGGACGGGCCGCCUGUCCCGUCUUUCCCCGGCGCUCCUGGCGCGUCUUCGGGAUGGCUUUCUGAAACGGUCGCACAACCGACGGGGCGGCUCAAUCGCUGCUUUCGCUUCCUCAUUUUCCUUUCGCUGCUGCAGUGGGCCGCACAGUAUUUGAUGAUGUUCCCCAAUCUUUUCACCGCAUUGGCAACGACGCGCUAUUCCACCGCGCUUUUCAGCAGCUACUCGCUUCUAGCGGCGGCGGGGGGAGUGCGGCUGGUUGAGUGGAUUCUUUUUCCGGUGGGGACUAAUAAAGCAGCAGGGUAUACGGUUUUUUUUAAUUUGUUUCCGCACCACGUCUGGGACGCGUCUCUAGUGACCCUCUACAUACUCUGGAUGCUGGUUUCACUGCUGGCUUUGUUCAGUGACAAGAAGGCCUUGUUGCUUACCGGGUUCGACGCAGAGCGGUUCUCGGACGAUGAUAUGUGGCGGAAGCACAUCGCGCUCUUCAAGUUCAACUUCAUCAUACCUAUGGGUUUGCACUUCUUGCGUGGCGCCUUUUUCAGUCGGAACCUGGGGUUCAAACACGCGGUGACCGAUUCCCUCGUCGUAGCACUUUUUUAUCCGCUUUUGCUGCUGCUAAUCUGGACGGUUACUUUCGUUUUGGUCGUGGCCUUUCGCCGCGCUAGCACGAAACAGAGCGCCGCAAGCGUUGGCGCGAUGCUGUUGGCGGGUCUUCUCGCGUACUGGAUAUGCUACCAUGUGGUGCACAUUCAGGACUGGAUUCCUGUGGCGCUACUGAGCGCUCACUGUUGCCGGCAGGUGCUCCGUCUCCAAGCGAGAGUUCUCUAUUACAUCUAUCACAACAAGGCCGCUUCUUGGUGGCCAUACACGACAUGGCAGCAGCAGGGGAAAGGGGAACAGAGUAGUAGCAGCACGUCGACAAUAUUGCUGCCACCGAAAAAAUUCGCAGAAGACGGCCAGAAGAUCAUGGAGACGAAGUCGGCUGCUCUCAUUCGAAAAAAGCUUUCUGGAGGUGGGUCUUCCUCGAACUUGAGACGUCGUUUUGGCGGCGCGCCCGGCAGUGGCAACGCUGGCGACGUCGGGAGCAGCGGCGACGAGAGUAGCAACUUCCCCUCUCGCGUUGUUUCGCGUUUGGACGAUCAGUUUCCCCAGAGCAGUUCACCGGUCGUUGCGAGUCCCGUUUUGCCUCCGGUGUCUUCGCCGCUCACUGGCUUUACCAUUCAGAAGGCCGGCUCCCCAGUGUUUGCCAUUGGUUCGGCCCUGCAACCUUUUCGGGACAACCUCGCUUCGAGUUCCGACAACUCGCCUAAGCAGUCGCCCGAGCGAGACGAACUGGUCGCAGACGGGCUGGUGGGCGUUCGAAAUACAUUACUCAACACGAAUGGCAGCAGCAAACUGACGCAACGCGCAUCCUCGGGGAAAGACUUAGACAAGACGCGCUCGACUGCAAAGCUGUCUUCCACCAAUGGAGGAGGUAAUAGUACUCUUAGUAGAAGAGGAUCGACUUCUUCGGUGACUCCAGGACCAGAGAGCCCUUUGAAUCCAAUGAGGCAGCGUCGCAGUGCGACGAUGCAAUACAUCGUUGACGGCUACGGCAAGGUUCUGAUUGUGAUCGCCGCAUGUUAUCUGGCGAUGUGUACUAUGUUGGCUUUCUUGGGAGAAAUGCAGCGGAUGUACAGCUUUUAUCCGAGCAUCAUCGGGGCCAAAGUUUCUGAACAGAGAUCAAUACCCUUUGCCUACCAUUCGGAGGAUGAAAAAAGCGCAGAGGAUUCCAAGUAUCUCAUAGUGGAUCAUGUUGUUUCGCAGCUGCAGGUAAAACUACGCAAUCAAACGGGACUCACUGGUGGUUUUAGGGGCACUGGAAACGAGCAGAAGUUCUCUGCUCUUGACAUGUCUCCGUUAAUGUUGAGCAAGAACAACCUCGCUGCACUACGGUCAGACCAUGCUGGAGAAACCAGCAUGGCUUCCGCACCUUCGAUAGCGUCAGCGAUGUCAGAAGAAAAUUCAAAUCCCGAACCAGAAAACGAAUUCCGUUCUCAAAAUCCCUUUUGGGCGGUGCCGCGAUAUGCCACUUGCGGCCAGCUCUUUCACGGUCUUUCGCUUUUGGACUACUUAAGACUCCAACAAUGUGAAUCGAUCCAUCUUCAAAAUCAUCCUGAGAGUCAAAAGCAUCUUGUAGAGGAUUUCUUUAAAGUUGCACGGAGAUGCUUUUCAAGAUAGAUGGAUUUGAUUAACGAGUGUCUAAAUCACUCAUUGGUAGCCCAGUCGGCCUACAUGGACACCGCAGAAGCGCGGCAAGAGUUUUUGGACGUUGCCUUCCCGCCACAGUGGUAUACCGGAAAACGCGCAGGGUUGCGACCGCAGAUUCGAUUCCACGCCUUUGCGAAGACAAGGAGCGCGUCGUGGGUCGAGAUCUAUUUUCCAGAACUCGAACAGACUCUGGUGGCUAUCAAAGGCACCGAUCCACUGAAGCUGUUGGACUAUUUACGAAAGGAAAAAGUGAACUCAUCGAUCCUCAAGAAGCUUCUAGGUCCUUUUUUCUAAGUAGGAAGCUGCCCCUUUUCUUGAGUAGCUUUGACUAUGAGCUGACUUUUUCCUGUCAUACUAUUUCGAGGAUUUACGCAUUUGGCGAGACACAGUCUUGGUUACCUUAUUGGCCAAUGUCUUUCCCACGAUCCGCGUGUGGCCAAAGAGCACCACCGAAAUGGUGAUACGAGCCCAGCACGAAUUCUUGGGUCGUUUAGGGUUGCGGGAGUCCACUUGGGCUUUUGACGACCUGCUGAAACGCUACAACCCAAGCAGCCGCUUUUUCCGAGGCAGCGAUCAAAAUAGUACUAGUAGUGGUGUUGAUACUAGCACUGAAGAAGAUGCUAGAGGUACUUCCGAUACCGAAAUCUUGCAGGAGGAAGAGCAAGUGGAGGAACAACGGAGUUCUUGGUGGAGCAGAUUGUCGUCUAGCAAAAGAUCGACUAAAACUAGUGGGAGAGGCAUGAAAGCAAACAAAGACACUGACUCGGACGGAACAAGCAAGAGCACGACCAGUCGCUCUAAAAAUACAGGAGGUACUAGUCACGAAAAAGUAGUUUUUGUAGGUCACUCGAUGGGUGGCGGAAUCGCGUCCAUUCUUGGGUUUCUCAAUCGGUCCCCAGUAGUGGCGUUUCAGCCGCCGGGUAUCUACCACUCAAUUGCGAAGUUUCAGCACAUAAAAGGAGACGCAAAGGCCUACGAUUUCGUGCAUCACGACGUGCUGAAUGUGGUUGUCGAAUCGGAUUGGAUCAACCGUAUUUUCGACGAACAUGGUGGGCUCUUGCAGCAGAUAGGAUGUGACUAUCCGCAGCGGAACAUGUACCUCAGCUGUCACGUGCUGGAGGGCGUCUUCAAUCACCUCUUUACUAUGGCCACUUGUUGGGCUGAUUAUAUUUAUAUGUUAUAUAUGUUCCAAGGCGCGGGGCGACGCCCCCCCCUAGCGGGGGGGGCCGGGCGCCCUGGGCCCCUUUUUCAGGCGUCUGCCGGGGGGAGAAGGCCUCAAAAGGGGGCCUAGUGGCCUCCCCCCUCCGCUCCCUUCCAGCUGCCUGGCUGUUCCCUAGGGGCCUCCGAUGGUGGUGGGAGGCUUCAAAAGGGGCCCAAGGGACCGCCUGCGCCCCCGUCCAGGUGCCUGCCUGUGCCCUAAGUGCAUCCGUUAGGCUUCGCCGCGGCAGCAGUGCGCCGGCAGCGGAGGGCCUCCGAAGACGGCAAAAGGCGAGGGGCUGGACCCCCUGAGCUGUGCCGCCUGUACCCUUCGGGCCCUUGGUCAUCGGCUUGCUUGCUCUUGCGACCGUGGCCGCCUCCGGCGGCCUUUUACCCCGGAGGCCUCCCGCCUGCGAGGGUCAGCAGAGGCCAGGAGGUCCCUUAGGAACACGCUGAGAGGCCCAAGGGGAGGCCCGCGCCCAGUUUUGACGCCUUCCCCCACUAGAAUCCGCGGGAAAUCCGCGCGGAAAAGCGCGCGCGCGCGCCACCACAGACCAGACCGCAGGGAGGGGGGGAGGGGGGGGGCCGUCCGGCCCUGAGUCGUAUAUAAGUAGUUGUAGUUUGGUCUGAUUUUCGUGUUGUCACCGUGAUACUACUUCACUACUGCUCACUCUAUCAAUCUUCAGUGCCAUGUCUGGUUGUUGUACUUAGAUCAAUCACUUCCAACUACAACCACAUGUUGAUUUAUUUUCGACAAGUAGUGUAUCAACGCAUGUUAGAUCAGCGCCUUCGUGUGCAACAUCGCGAAUUCCUCUAGUGAACUUCCUUUCUCUAAGACGAAGUCGUGCGGGGACGAGCGCGGGCGAUUUGAGUACAGCGAGUGGAAAUACGAACUCAUCAAACAAAGUUUGUGGGAUGGCGCGAAGAAGUCCCUUGCCGAUUUUUUCGUAAGUUCCAGAUUUUACUCCUACUUCGUGCAGCUAACCAGCUUCCGCUAUACUCUGAUCACGCUGCUGUUGGGCUUGCUCGUUCGGUUGAUAUAAAUUCUUGUUGCAAAGAUGGGCCAAAGGUGAUGCUACUUGUUUUUUCUUUGGGAGAAGAAUCGACGUGCUUGAGGAGAAGCAUUGCGGGUGCUAUUUUUUUGAUCUUAGUUGCAAUGUAUUGCAUAGUUGUUUUUCAUGCGGCGACUAUGUUGUUUAAUGACUAUCAUUUCAAAAAUGUUGUCUUGUAUUGCGAUAUCAUGUAGGGAGGGGUCUGUCCUAUCCUCGUUGGGAAAUGCUGCGCGUUGCACUAAAUGCUAAUGCUUGAUUGACGAAUAAUGGUGAAUCGCGAUUUUCCAUUGUUCUUUUCUUUCCGCUCACUCCCUCGUUCACAUGGCCCUUCUUUUUCGCCGACGCCUGUUGAUGUGUCAGUCUUCUGAAUUUUUGGAACGCAUCGAUGUUUAAUAGGCAUCCCCUAGUGAGCUCUUCUUGUUCGGCUAUUCCAUAUUUAUUUCCCCGCUGCGACUCCUCUUCGGUACUAGUUAUAGUUUUUCAUAGUCGUCAAUUGUUCCUUCGUCCGCGUUGUUCCUGCACCUGAAAAACGACUGAGACUAAUUUGUGUGAUCUUCGCCUGGAUUGGAGCCACAUUGUUUGUUCUUAGCUUGUAUUCAUGAUUGAUAUUGUUAAUUUCUCGCCUUUUGAUGUGUCGCAUUUUUUUUCCUGAACAUAGAUACAGUACUGCAUUUAUUUUUCCCCUUCGCGUAGUAGGCACUUAAAAUUGCAGGAUAGAUGAAUCAUUUGUGUAAGAAAGGUUGUCAGGUUCUUACCGAAGCUGAACGGAUGAGCUGUUUCUAAUUGUUCUGGGUUGUCGACUUCGACAUCAUUUUCCACACGAGAUGGAUUACAUAGGACACACGAGACACGCGUCAGCAUGGCCCUUCCUUGCUACAGUUUCCCGGUGUAAGUAUGGUUGUUUUUCUUGCUUCGCUCCGGAAUGUUGCUAUAAUACCUUCUAAGAGUAUCAUCUUCACCUUCGUUUUUGUGAUUUUCCUAGGUAGAUUAUCUAAUGGUGGUAAGUAAAGCACUGAAGUAGGCGCCACGUGCACUCCACAAGAUCGUUUGUCGUCUCGGGAAUACUCAAAUUUGCAGAAUAAGUGCAUCAUCGCACAAAAUUGAUUGGCAGGGCUUGUCGAGCUUUAUCAACCACUGCUUCCAAAUCCAAAGAUUCCUGCAAAGAGCGCUACUAUGAUGCAAAAAUCACUUCCACGAAAAAGGCAUCCAUUCUUUUUCAACAAGGAAUCCCCACCACAUCAUGUUGGUACAAACACUUAUUUCACGCACACGAUGUGCUCACUCUAGGUAUGGAGAGCACCAUGUUGUUGACCAUGUUGAUACAACGGAACAACUCCACGAUCAUGCUAGUGGGAAGAUGAUUUUUCCAAGUGCACCUCUUCUACUUGACGAUCGAGUGCCAGUCUUCUACUGGACGUUGAUCAGUCCAUAUUGCCGCUUGUACAAUGGCAAGGUUCCUCCUGAGGAAGCAACGUGUUUUUCUUAGCCGCCGAUGUUUUAUGGAGCAUUGAAUGGUGUUCAGACGAGACUAGACGAUCCUGGCAGGUUCUCAUGCGAGUAUCGAUCGG